AUGGGCUGGCGCGCCGAGCAACCGCCGCACAUCGCCGCCGGCCUGCUCCUUUUGCUGCUAGUCAACUUGCCGGUAACUUGCCACCAAGAUCAUCAAGAUGCAGUCCACAUCACAGCAAUCCUGGGAGAGAGCGUUGUGUUCAAUUGCCAGGUGGACUUCCCCGAGGACAUCCCUGUGCCGUACGUCUUGCAGUGGGAGAAGAAGGUAGGCGAAACGGGGCAGGACAUCCCAAUCUACAUCUGGUAUGAGAGUUACCCGACGCACAGUGGAGAGGGUUAUGAAGGCCGUGUGUCGCGAGUCGCUCCGGAUUCGCCAUACGGCGCCGCCAGCCUCAACCUCACUAAUAUUAGAGAGUCUGAUCAGGGUUGGUACGAGUGUAAGGUUGUGUUUCUCAACCGGUCGCCGAAUCAGCACAAAAAUGGGACAUGGUUUCACCUCGACGUACAUGCGCCACCACGCUUCUCCAUCACACCGGAAGACAUUAUAUACGUCAAUUUAGGUGAUGCCAUAAUACUUAACUGUCAAGCGGAGGGCACACCAACACCUGAAAUAUUGUGGUUCAAAGACGCGAACCCUGUGGAACCCUCGGGUACUGUGGGGAUCUUUAACGACGGCACGGAACUCCGAAUAAGUAAUAUCCGACACGAAGAUAUAGGUGAUUAUACAUGUAUCGCGAGGAAUGGAGAGGGGCAAGUGUCGCACACAGCCAGAGUGAUUAUCGCCGGGGGAGCUGUGAUCACUAUGCCGCCAACAAAUCAGACCAAAUUGGAAGGGGAAAAAGUACAGUUUUCAUGCGAGGCGAAGGCUUUGCCGGGUAAUGUUACUGUGAAAUGGUUCCGCGAGGGCGCCCCCGUAGCGGAGGUGGCGGCUUUGGAGACACGAGUUACAAUAAGAAGAGAUGGUGCCCUAGUUAUAAAUCCGGUAGCUGCCGACGAUUCUGGGCAGUAUCUGUGCGAAGUGUCCAACGGCAUUGGGGAUCCACAAAGCGCUUCCGCUUAUCUUAAUGUUGAAUAUCCAGCAAAAGUGACAUUUACGCCGACCGUACAAUACCUCCCUUUCCGCUUGGCAGGCGUAGUACAAUGUUACAUAAAAGCGAACCCGCCUCUUCAGUACGUAACUUGGACGAAGGACAAAAGACUGUUAGAGCCUUAUCAGACGAAAGAUAUAGUGAUUAUGAACAAUGGCUCGCUCCUGUUUACACGCGUCAAUCAGAAUCACCAGGGACGGUAUACUUGCACGCCGUACAAUGCGCAAGGCACGCAAGGUUCUUCAGGUCCAAUGGAAGUAUUGGUUCGUAAGCCACCCGUGUUCACAGUAGAACCAGAGCCUUUAUAUCAAAGAAAGGUAGGAGAAUCGGUAGAGAUGCACUGCGAAGCGCAGGAAGCCGAGGGCACGCAGCGGCCGAGCGUGGUCUGGCGGCGGCGCGACGGCCUGCCGCUGCAGAAGAGCCGCGUGCGCGCGCUCGGCGGCAACGUCACCAUCGACACGCUCCGGCGGCAGGACUUCGGCAUCUACCAGUGCGUUGCGUCUAAUGAGGUGGCUACAAUAGUAGCUGACACGCAGCUCGUUAUCGAGGGAACACAACCACACGCGCCUUACAACGUGUCCGGCACGGCCACCGAGUUCCAGGUGACGCUGCGUUGGCAGCCCGGGUACGCCGGCGGACCCGACUACAAGCAGGAUUACACCAUCUGGUACAGGGAAGCUGGGUACUCUGAGUGGACGAAGGUCCCUGUCACGCCAUCUGGAGCUACCUCUGUUACAAUAAAUCGGCUUCAACCGGGGACCACGUAUGAGUUUCAAGUAAACAGCAAAAACACUAUUGGAGAAGGGAUGAUGAGCAAAGCAAUUACUAUCAGAACUUUGGAUGUAGGAGCGAAACCGAAGGCGGCUCCCACUGCCCCCGGCCCCGUCGAUGAGAAGAUAUUUCAGAACGCACCUGAGGGCUCUGGUCCGAAGUCGGGGCCGCCGCGCAACCUGACGGUGACGGAGCUGCACAACGGGUUCCUCAUCACGUGGCAGGCGCCGCUGGAGCGCGCGCACCUCGUGCAGUACUACACCAUCAAGUACCGCACCGACGCGCAGUGGAAGACGCUCAACAAGGGACAGAUACGGCCUGAAGAGACGAGCUUUUUAGUGAAAAACUUAGUGGGUGGACGGACGUACUACUUCCGCGUGCUGGGCAACUCGGCCACCAGCUUCGAGAGCUCUGAGGAGGUGAAGUUCCCGGUGCCGGCGAGGGUGAAGCACAAAGCCAUCACGGCGGGCAUCGUGGGCGGGAUACUGUUCUUCUUAGUGGCCAUCAUCCUAUCCGUGUGUGCUGUUAAGAUAUGCAAUAAGAGGAAACGUCGCAAGCAGGAGAAAGCAUACAACAUGGUAGCCGCGCGACUCACCGACCUCCGCGCCGCAGACAGCACUCAAGUGCCUUUUAAAAAAUUUAGAGAAAGCGGAAUAUCGAGUAUAGUCCAAUGUUUACGAUUCACGGCUAACUGGAUCUGGCCGGCGUCGCGGUGCGGCGACGAGGCGCGCAACUGGGGCGGCGUGCGGCGCGUGUCGGCUGCUCCCUCCACCACCCCCUCCCCCGCGCCCUCCUCCGCGCCCUCCCCCGCGCCCUCCUCCUCCGACGACGGCGGGUUCCUGCCGCGGGUGCGCGCGCCCCUGCGCCCGCCCGCCGCGCCGCCUCUGUUCCGCGCCUCCUCGCCUGCGCUGGCGCUGCACUGGCCGCCCUGGCCGCCCUGGCCGACGUGGCCCGUGUGGGCGCCCGCCUGGACGCCCUGGUCGCCGCUGCACAUCUCCGACCUCAGCUCCGUGCCCUUCCCGAGCUCUGCCGACGGCUCGUUCCCGACGCCGCCCUCGUUUCGCUCGCGGCAGACGGUCAUUCUGGAGCCCUCGCGGUUGUGCGGGCCGGCGCGCCCGCGCUCCCGUCCCGCGCCGCGCCACGCCCGGCCGCGGCCGCCCCCCGACGUGCUCGCGCCGCCGCCUCACGAGGCCUCGCCCGAGAGCCGCUCCUCCUCCAGCGGAUUCGGCAGCAAGAACGCCUCCUCGCAGCACAACCGCAGCAGCCGCACGGGCAGCCUAGCGGAGUGGCGGCCGCCGCCCUACCGGCCGCCGCCGCCGCCGCCGCGCCCGCCGUCUGGCGCGGGGCCGGGCGGCACGGGCGAGGCGGCCGACGCGGGCUCCGUGGACGUGCACUACGAGUGGGACCGCGCCACGCGCACGCCCACGCCGUCCACGCCGGAGCGCACGAGGGCGGGCGGCGCGGCGCGAGUGGACGUGGAGGCGCGGGUGCGCGCUAUGAAGGAGGAAUUCUUGGAGUUCCGUAAGCGCCAGGCGCUGCGCCGCCGCUCGCCGGAGCCGCUGUCGCCGCCGGCGGCCGCCGAGACCGUUUGC